UCUAGCCCGCGUGGCGCAUAAAACGUCUCGCUAGUGAUGACGCAAGUCCGGGCAGGGAGGCUGCAAGAUGGCGGCGCCCAUGGAGGUGGCCGUGUGUACGGAUUCGGCGGCCCAGCUGUGGAGCUGCGUCGUGUGGGAGCUGCACUCCGGCGCCAAUCUGCUCACGUACCGCGGCGGCCAGGCCGGGCCUCGCGGCCUGGCGCUCCUUAAUGGCGAGUACCUGCUGGCGGCGCAGCUGGGCAAGAACUACAUCAGCGCCUGGGAACUGCAACGGAAGGACCAGCUCCAGCAGAAGAUUAUGUGUCCCGGACCUGUCACCUGUUUGACCACAUCGCCCAAUGGCCUCUACGUCCUGGCAGGGAUUGCAGAAAGUAUCUAUCUAUGGGAGGUCUCCACGGGAAACCUCCUGGUCAUCCUGAGCCGCCACUACCAGGACAUCUCAUGCCUGCAGUUCACUGGGGACAGCAGCCACUUCCUGUCGGGGGGCAAGGAUUGCCUGGUGCUGGUGUGGAAUCUCUGCAGUGUGCUACAGGUGGACCCCUCCAGGACCCCUGUUCCCCGGCACAUCUGGUCUCGCCACACUCUCCCCAUCACUGACCUACAUUGCGGCUUCGGGGGGCCCUUGGCCCGGGUAGCCACAGCCUCUUUGGACCAGACGGUGAAGCUGUGGGAGAUCUCCUCGGGUGAGCUGCUGCUCUCCGUGCUCUUCGACGUGAGCAUCAUGGCCGUGACCAUGGAUCUGGCCGAGCAUCACAUGUUCUGUGGCGGCAGCGACGGCUCCAUCUUCCAGGUCGAUCUCUGCACCUGGCCCGGGCAGAGAGAGAAGAGCUUCCAUUCCGACCAGGACUGUGGGAAGGUCUUCAAAGGACACAGGAACCAGGUGACUUGCCUGUCCGUGUCCACGGACGGCACCGUGCUGCUCUCGGGCUCCCACGACGAGACGGUGCGGCUGUGGGACGUCCAGAGCAAGCAGUGCAUCCGGACGGUCACCCUCAAAGGCCCGGUGACCAACGCCUCCAUCAUGCUGGCCCCUGUCAGCAUGCUGAGCUCCGACUUCAGGCCCGGCCUGCCCCUGCCCCACUUCAACAAGCACUUGCUGGGAGCCGAGCACGGGGACGAGCGGCACCGCGGGGGCCUCACCCUGCGCCUGGGCCUCCACCAGCAGGGAUCAGAGCCCAGCUACCUGGAGCGGACCGAGCACCUGCACGUGGUCACGUGCAACACCAUGGAGAAGAAUGUCCUGGGCGGCCAGGACCAGCUGCGCAUCCGCGUGACCGAGCUGGAGGAUGAAGUACGGAACCUGCGCAAGAUCAACCGCGACCUGUUUGACUUCUCCACCCGCAUCAUCACGCGGCCGGCCAAGUGAGCCUCUCCCGCACCCCCCCAGCCCCCAGCCAGACUGCCGGGUGCGCACUGGGGGUGUGGGCCACAGCCCGGUCCUGGCCCACCCAGGGCAGGCCCUCCCCAGGGACCAGCCUGCUCAAGGCUCAGAGCUCGCGCUUUGCCACUUUCUGAUGUUUGGAUUUUACAGGGUCCUGUCGCCUGAGUAUGGACCCCCGGUCUUUGUGUCAUUUUGGUGCUGUUCUCUUUUUAACAAAAGACUUGUGAAAACUCCUUUUUGGGUCUGUGUGUGUACGGGGUGUUUCCAGAUUCUUCCCCAUGGCCGGGCUGCCUCAUGGAACCUCCCCCAGCCUCUUGCAGCAUUCCAGUUUUUUAAUCCAUUGAGAGAAACUGGAGCUCAGAUGUUCCCAACAGUCCAGUUGCUGCCUCAGUGCCUUUGCACAGCGGUGAAGACCAGUCACUCCCAUGGAGGGCACCGCCGGGCGCAGGGCUCUGAGCCAAGGUCACCUGGGUCAAGAGAGGGAGCUCAGUGUGGCCACAGUGCCUGUCCCUCUGAUGGCCACCAGAUGGUUCUCCCAACCCAGGGCGGGCAACCAAACCUGAGGGUAGUGGCCAGUUCCCAGGUCCCCCAGAGGGACACACAUGCAGGUCGCUCUACCCACACUGUUUUGUGGACAUCAGAGGCCUGAGAGGCCAGACUUACUGCCCUGAGGACACUGCCAGCCAGUGCCUGGAGCCCAGCCCAGAUGAAUGUCCCAAGGCCACUAACAAAACCUUCCAGAGAGCAGCCCCCAGCUGACAGUACUGCUUAAUGAUCCAGAAAACCCAUGUGAUUGAGCGGUGCUGUAACUGCGGCGGCUGCAGCAGCGGCCAGUGCUGAGUUAAUGCUUUCAGGCUAAUGGCACUUCCCCCUUCUGGGG